CACUUUAUUCAAGUCUCAGAGGAUCCAUACCUACAACCUGUUCUCUUUGGCCUAUUCAUGUCCAUGUACAUCUUGGCCCUGAUGGGAAACCUACUCAUCAUCUUGACAGUAAGCUCUGACAUCCAUCUUCACACCCCUAUGUACUUCUUCCUCUCAAACCUGUCCAUGGUUGAUAUUGGUUUCAUCUCCACCACUGUUCCCAGGAUGAUUGUGGAUAUCCAGACUCACUGCCCAGUCAUUUCCUAUGUGGGCUGCCUGACACAGAUGUCACUGUUUAUAAUUUUUGGAUGUAUGGAUGAUAUGCUUCUGGCUGUGAUGGCAUAUGACAGGUUUGUGGCCAUCUGCCACCCUCUGUAUUACCAGGUCAUUAUGAAUCAUAGUAGAUGUUGUGUCUUACUUCUAGGAUGUUUUUGCAUUAGCCUUGUGGACUUACUGAUGCACUAUGUGGCAGUAUUAAGUUUUUCUGACUGUGCGGAUUAUGUUGAAAUUUCCAACUUCUUCUGCGGCCCUUCUGAAGUCCUUAAACUUCCCUGUUUUGAUGAUGUAAGCAAGAAUAUAGUCAGGUACUGUGUAGGUGCUUUCUUUGGGUUACUUCCUAUUUCGGGAAUCAUUUUCUCUUACUUUAAAAUAGUUUCCUCCAUUAUGCGAUCAUCAUCAUCAAGUGGGAAGCACAAAACCUUCUCAACCUGUGGGUCUCAUUUGUCCAUUGUUUGCCUGUUUUAUGGAACAGCACUAGGAGUGUACUUCAGCUCUACUCUGUCACUUUCCUCAAGAAGUAAUACAGUGGCCUCAGUCAUGUACACUGUGGUCACACCUAUGUUGAAUCCCUUCAUCUACAGCCUGAGGAACAAGGACAUUAAAUCUGCCUUAAGGAAGUUUCUUAGCAGAGUAUUUUGGUGA